AUGUCUAGAUUUCUUAGGAAUAUGGCUGGAGCCUCGAGUUCCUUAUUGAAAUCAAGAAUUCCUAUUGUUGGAGCUAGGUUGGCCCCUGUUUCAAAUCAUAUUAGUAGUAGUCGAUUUUUCAGUAACUCGAAACUUUUAUUGGCUGAUAAUGAAUUAAAGGAAGUACCUCAAACUUAUGAAGAAGAAAAAGUCAUUAUAGAUGAGAUUAAUAGAGAAUUACCCGAAGAAGAUUUAGCCUCUUCUUUAAGAAUGAGAAAUAUUGGGAUUUCUGCUCAUAUUGAUUCUGGUAAGACUACUUUUACUGAACGUGUUUUAUAUUAUACUGGUAGAAUUAAAGCCAUUCAUGAAGUUAGAGGUCGUGAUGCUGUUGGUGCAAAGAUGGAUCAUAUGGAUUUAGAAAGAGAAAAAGGUAUUACUAUUCAAUCGGCUGCUACUUAUUGUUCUUGGGAUAAAGAUUCAAAUAAGUAUCAUUUUAAUUUAAUUGAUACUCCAGGUCAUAUUGAUUUUACUAUUGAAGUUGAAAGAGCUUUAAGAGUUUUAGAUGGUGCAGUCUUAGUUGUAUGUGCUGUUUCUGGUGUUCAAUCUCAAACUGUUACUGUUGAUCGUCAAAUGCGUCGUUAUAAUGUUCCAAGAGUUACCUUUAUUAAUAAGAUGGAUAGAAUGGGUGCUAAUCCAUUUAAAGCCAUUGAACAAAUUAAUUUGAAAUUAAAGACACCUGCUGCUGCCAUUCAAGUCCCAAUUGGAGCUGAAGAAAAUUUGAAAGGGGUUGUAAACAUUAUUGAUCGUGUUGCUCUUUUUAAUGAAGGUGAUCAAGGUGAAGUUAUUCGUAAAGCUGAUAUUCCAGAAGAUUUAAAGGAUUUAGUUGAAGAAAAGAGAGCUUUAUUAAUUGAAACUUUAGCUGAUGUUGAUGAUGAAAUGGCUGAUAUUUUCUUAGAAGGUGAAGAACCAACUGUUGAACAAAUUAAAGGAGCUAUUAGAAGAGCUACAAUUGCUAGAAAAUUUACUCCAGUUUUAAUGGGUUCUGCUUUAGCUAAUAAAGGUGUUCAACCAGUUUUAGAUGCUGUUGUUGAUUACUUACCUCAACCAAAUGAAGUCUUGAACACUGGUUUAGAUGUUUCUGAUGGAGUUGAAAAACCAGUCAGUUUAAUUCCUUCUAGUUCUGCUCCAUUCGUUGGUUUAGCCUUUAAAUUAGAAGAAGGUCAAUAUGGUCAAUUAACUUAUAUCAGAGUUUAUCAAGGUAAAUUAAAGAAAGGUCUGUACAUGACCCAUCUUAAGAGUGGUAAGAAAGUUAAAGUUGCCAGAUUAGUUAGAAUGCAUUCCAAUGAUAUGGAAGAUGUUAAUGAAGUUGGAGCCGGUGAAAUUUGUGCUACUUUUGGUAUUGAUUGUGCUUCUGGAGAUACAUUUGUUAGUCCAAGUGCUGAACAGCAAAUAGCUAUGAGUUCUAUGUUUGUUCCUGAAGCCGUUAUUUCUUUAUCGAUUGCUCCAAAAUCAAAAGAAAAUGGUGCAUUUUCUAAAGCUAUGAAUAGAUUUCAAAAGGAAGAUCCAACUUUUAGAGUUAAAUUUGAUCCUGAAUCAAAGGAAACUAUUAUUUCUGGUAUGGGAGAAUUACAUUUAGAAAUUUAUGUUGAAAGAAUUAAGAGAGAAUAUGGAGUUGAAUGUAUUACUGGUAAACCUCAAGUUUCUUAUCGUGAAUCUAUUACUUCACCAACUACUUUUGAUUAUACUCAUAAGAAACAAUCUGGAGGUUCUGGUCAAUAUGGUAGAGUUAUGGGAGAAUUUAGUCCAAUUGAAGGUGAAAAUAAAUUCACUGAACAUAUCGUUGGAGGUAAGAUUCCUGAAAAAUUCUUAUUUGCUUGUUCUAAGGGAUUUGAUGAUUCAUUAGAGAAGGGUCCAUUAAUUGGACAUAAAGUAUUGGGUGUUCAUAUGCAUAUUAAUGAUGGUCAAACCCAUAUUGUUGAUUCUUCUGAAUUAUCAUUUAGAACUGCUACUCAUGGAGCUUUCAAACAAGCUUUCUUAAAUGCUAAUCCUGUAAUUUUAGAACCAAUUAUGAGUGUAGAAGUUACUGCACCAAAUGAAUUCCAAGGUUCAGUUGUUGGAUUACUUAAUAAAUUAGGAGGUAUGAUUUUAGAAACUGAAAAUGGUCAAGAUGAAUUCACUUGUUUUGCUGAAUGUUCAUUAAAUACUUUGUUUGGAUUCUCCACCUCUUUAAGAGCUUGUACUCAAGGUAAAGGUGAAUUUUCAUUAGAGUUCUGUAAAUAUUCACAAACCUCACCACAUUUACAAAAAGAAUUAAUUGCACAAUACCAAAAGGCACAAGCUGCUAAGAAGUAG